AAAGGAGAAGAUGAAACGAGGGAAUACUACGCAUUGCGUAAAUUAUAGAUAACGCACUGCUCUCACUCUCUUCGCUUCGUCGCCCUUACUACCGUCGCCAACCGCCGCAACCUUAACUCUCUUCUCUCCAGGAACAGUAUAAUCUAUCUUUUGAUAGUUGUUGCAAUUUCAAGAUUUCAGCAUGUUGUUAUGCUCUCCUUAAUCUCUUAGUAGGGACACAAUUAAUUUCUUUUUGUAAUUGGUUGGCAUCAUACAAGAUGAGCAAAUCUAAUCGUUCAAAGGAGAAGCAUGGAAAAAGCAAUUGGCUUUCUGAGCAUAAUUGUGAUGAAGAGAGUGCAGCCCGUACAAGGCCAUUUAGUUUUGAAGAGAUUAUGCUUAGAAGAAGAAACAAGGAACUGCUUGGAAAUUCACCAAAAGAAAAAGAACUGCUUGAAAAUGUAAAAGACCCUGCACAUGGAUGUUCUUCAGAGAAAAUUACUGAUCAUUUUAAGUCUGCCAGAAUCUAUAAACAUGACAAAAGUUUAUCCUUUGGCAUGGAGAAACAUGUUUCGGAGGAAUUAGUGAAAGUAACAUCUAGAAAGAAAGUUGAAAGCGCCAUUGUAAAGGAAGAUGAUUUAACUGAAGGGAAAAGAAGGGCAAACCAUAUUUUGGAAACCAAAUCAAGUGCUGGAUUAAAUAAUAAAGCCAGGAUAACCAAAGAAAAGACUGAAAAAGAGAUGUCUGGUUAUAAAAAAAAUGAGCGAGUUCAUGAUAGUUCCGAGUAUAGAGCUGGAAAUAAGCAUUCAAGAGAUUCAGUUUAUAAGGAUAGUUAUGUGGAAACAAAUAGACCAAAAUCUGAAAGGGAAAUAAAGAAAAAGAACCACAUUGGAGGGGAUGAGAAUCAUAAUAUGUAUGUUACUGAAAAGAGGCAUGACAAAGAUAGAGAUAAUAGGUGGAAAUUGAAAAAGCGGUUAAGCAAUGACUCUGAAGAAGUACCUGAAAAGAAGCAUUAUAGAGAAUCAGAUAAGGAUAAGCAUGCAGGGGGUAGGGCAAAAUAUGAAAGGGAAACCAAGAGAAAAUACAAAAAUGGUGAUGAUGAAACUCAAGACAGGAAUACAUCAAGAAAACAAGAUGCUGUGAAACAUCAUAACAUGCACAUUUAUGAGAGGAAAGAGAGACGGGUAAAGGUGAAGUCUCAUAAUGAAGAAUUAACAGCAAAGAGGAGAUGUUCAAGAAGUCGAGAGCGUGAGGAUAGAAGGUCCCCUUCUUUUUCACCAAGGGAGCAAAAACGUACUUAUCAAGAUGGAGAGCGCAAAGAGUUGUCAAUGCAUUCCUUGAAAGAUAGUUCUAGAACUAAGAACCCUGAUAUUGAUAGAUAUAGAGUAUCAACUAAUGGUUCAAGUGGUCACCAUCAUCGACAUGGUGUCUCCACAAGUGGACUUGGUGGGUAUUCUCCAAGGAAGAGGAAAAGUGAAGCCGCUGCCAAGACUCCUUCUCCAUCUAAGCAUUCUCUUGAGAAGAAACGUGCUGGAUGGGAUCUUCCCCCUGCAGGGACAAAUAAUCCUUCUGCUGUUGUUUCUUCAAGUUUUCCAGUAUCAAAUUGUGCUGUGUUGUCUAAUAUGCAUGAUGUGGUUUCAACUAGUUCUCUUGAUCUAGCCCUUGUGAAGCCUCUGCCUGUGUCUUUUCCAAGUGAUGUAUCAACAGGGAAGAAUACCAACAUUGAUUCUGUCCAAUUGACACAAGCUACCCGGCCUAUUAGAAGGCUUUAUCUUGAGAAUUUACCUGCUUCUGCUUCUGAGAAAGCUGUGAUGGAUUGUUUCAAUAACCUCUUGCUCUCUGCCCGUGUAAAUCAUAUCCAGCAAGCUCAACCAUGCAUCUGCUGCAUUUUACAUAAAGAUAAGGGGCAAGCACUUGUAGAGUUCCUUACAGCUGAUGAUGCAUCAGCUGCUCUUUCUUUUGAUGGCAGUAUGCUAUUUGGCUCCAUUGUGAAAAUUAGACGUCCCAAAGACUACAUUGAAGUUGCAACUGGUGAACCAGCGAGAUCAGUGGAUGUUGCUGUCUCAAUAAGUGAUGUUGUAAUUGAUUCACCUCACAAGAUCUUCAUUGGUGGAAUUUCAAAUCAUCUUUCUUCAGAGAUGCUUAUGGAGAUUGCUGGUGUGUUUGGAUCUUUGAAGGCUUACCACUUUGAAAUGAAGGUCAACAAUGGACCAUGUGCUUUUCUCGAGUACGUGGACCACUCUGUUACCAUCAAAGCCUGUGCUGGUUUGAAUGGUAUGAAGCUGGGAGGGGAAGUAUUAACAGUUCUUCAGGCUAUGCCUGAUGCAUCACCCUUGGAAAAUGCUGGUGAAUCACUGUCUUAUGGGGUUCCAGAGCAUGCAAAACCACUGCUCAGAAAGCCAACACAAGUACUAGAGAUUAAUAAUGUGUUUGCAGCAGACACUAUUUUGUCUUUAUCCGACAUGGCCAUUGAAGAAAUUUUGGAUGAUGUACGGUUGGAAUGUGCAAGAUUUGGGACUAUUAAAUCAAUUAAUGUAGUCAAGCAUAGCAGUGGCGAGAAUUUAGCAACCAAAUUAGAAGAAUGCAAAGUCAUAAACAAAGUGGAUGCUAAAGAAGUUUCUCAAGACACAAACUGUAUUACUAAUAAUACAGAAUCUAGUUUUUCUGACAAGGCUACUUACCCCGACUUUGAAGGAACAAAUGGGAUGGAAAUCCAUGAUAACAAUGAAAUGGAAGAAGUUAAAGUUGACGAGGGUAGCUGUGUUUAUGUUGAUAAAAAUGCUGAAGUUUUUGACUAUAAAUCAUGUAGAGAACACGUGGAUGAUUCAGCAGUAGAAGAUGUGGGGGAUAAGGGCAUACCUUGUAGUAUCAUUCAAGAAUGUCCUGAUCAACAAGAUACACCCAAUGAUGGGCCAGAAUUUUAUGAUAAGAUGGUUGCUAACGAUAUUGAUGUGAAUAUUGAAAAUAAUAUGGAAUCUAAAGACACAGUUUGUGCAUUUCAGGAAGGCUUUUCUGAAUGGGAUAUCAGUGCAGAAUUGGUUAGUCCCCAAAAGAGCAUUGACACGGAAGAGGAUAUUUAUGGUCAUGUAUUUAAACCAGGUUCUGUUCUUGUUGAGUAUGGAAGAGCUGAAGCAUGUUGUUCGGCAGCACAUAGUUUGCACGGACGAUUCUUUGAUGGCAGAAUUGUGACGGUGGGAUAUGUUGCUCUCAGCCUAUACAGAUCAAGAUUUACAAAAUGAGCAUUUCAAAGCAGCAACUCGUGGUUAUAUGAUGAAACACCAAAUUAUAUUUUUGCAUGAUUGUGGAAGAAUAGAUUAAUCAAUCUGAUUGGUUAUGCCAGCCUGCUUCCUGGAUAGCUUUUUAACUUUCAGAUUUACACUUCUGAUGUUUAGUAUUUCAACAUUUGGAGUGGGUAAAAGCUUAACUGAGCAAUGUCGAUUUGAGGAAAAUGCAGUAUAGCACACAUCAAGUUUGUAACUGCAGACUAUCUGAUGAUUUGUUAUGCAAAUCGGGCAUAUGAUUUUUAUUUUUUUAUUUUGUACGUUUAAAUGUGGUUACAUUUCGAGCUGGUGGUCUUAUGCUAUUUGGCAAUAUUUUGUGUACAUGGUUAUGUUGCGUUACAAACUGAUUAUUGUAUCGUAGUUAUUUUUAGAUGUUGGUUACAGGGCCAUACUUUUCAUAAUUAUUUUUUUUGACAUUAAUCUUGAAUCACCGUAACAUUA